AUGUCUGAUCAAGAAAGAAGUUCAGAAAACAAUAAUCGAAGUAGAUCGAGAUCGAGAUCGCCCGUUCGUCGCCGGAUGAGUGGUGAUCGUGGUUAUGAAAGAGACAACCACUCGUCGCGGGGAUCAGGUAAUUAUAAUGGUGGGCGAAGGUUCACAGAUACGUAUAGAGGAGGCAGGGAGAGGGCGGAGUAUAGAGGCAGGGAGAGGCCCACUUAUAGGGAAAGAGAAUCGUUCAAUAACAGAGAUAAUCCUAGAUCCAGAGAUCGUUACGACAAUAGGUACAGAGGAAGAGAUGGAAGUGGUCGUUAUGAGAACAGGCGUGAUGAUUAUCCCAGAAACUUUAGAGCUAGACAUAAUCCACGCGACGACAGUAGAAGAAGCGGUUUCAACAGCAAAGGAGCAAGAGGGGAUUACGGUCCUUUGUUAGCGCGUGAGUUGGAUAGUACAUAUGAAGAAAAAGUUAAUAGAAACUAUUCCAAUAGUAUCUUCGUAGGUAAUUUGACUUACGAUAGCACCCCUGAAGAUUUAACUGAGUUUUUUUCACAAAUAGGAAAAGUAGUCCGCGCGGAUAUCAUUACAUCAAGAGGACACCACAGAGGUAUGGGUACAGUUGAGUUCACUAAUUCAGAUGAUGUUGAGAAAGCCAUUCGCCAGUACGAUGGGGCAUUCUUCAUGGAUCGCAAAAUAUUUGUCAGACAAGAUAACCCACCACCUUCAAGCAAUAUCAGAGAAAGAAAGGGACUCGAUAGGGGAGAACCUAGACAUAACCGAAAAACUUAUGAAAUCAUUGUCAAAAAUUUACCUUCUUCGAUCAAUUGGCAGGCUUUAAAAGAUAUGUUCAAGGAAUGUGGGAAUGUUGCACACGCUGAUGUGAAAUUGAAUGGCGAUGGAGUAUCUACUGGUUGCGGUACAGUGUGCUUUUAUGAUGCAAAGGAUCUACAUAGAGCGGUUGAAAAAUAUAACGGUUAUGAUAUAGAAGGUAGCAUUUUAAACGUCAAAUCUAAGGAAAGCUUACAUGACGACGGUGAUGGAGACGAUUUCGAUAUUCCAAUAGAAGGUUCUGCCGUAAAUGAAGAAGCUCGUAAAUUUACCGAAGACGUUGUUGGUGGAGGUGAAAGAAAUAGCUUGAUAUAUUGUAGUAAUUUGCCAUUCUCGACCGCAAAUAGUGAUCUUUAUGACCUUUUCGAGACUAUUGGAAAAAUCAAUAAUGCUGAACUAAGGUACGAUUCCAAAGGAAUGCCGACUGGAAUAGCUGUAGUUGAAUACGAUAACGUCGAAGACGCAGAUGUCUGUAUCGAAAGGUUAAAUAACUAUAACUAUGGUGGUUGUGAUCUAGAUAUAUCUUAUGCUAAACGUCUCUAG